GUCAGUUCGGUGCUGCUCACCCCCCCUUCUCUCUCUCUCUCUCUCUCUCUCUUUUUUGGGGACGAAGGUUUUCGGUUCCAAUCAGGCUCCUGCUAUUUCAGCUGGAACUGGGGGAAUCAAUGGCUUCUCUCGGCAACUUUCCGGCGCGCCUCUGAGAAAAAGCUUCUGCUGAGCUUUGGCAGAAGAAUAAUUCUUUUUUUAUAUAAAUUAUUUAAAGAGAGGAAGAGGAGCAGGGGAAGAAAAGAGAGAAGGGAGUGAGGGACGCCAAGAAGCUUGGAAGAGAGAGGAAGAAAAGAACUUUUUGGGAGGGUGGCUUUCUGCUCUCGUACAACAUGCAGAACACCCGGGCUUUGAUCUUCAUGUUAACCUUCCAGAUCUGCUCUUUGGAGACCGAGACGCCUACAGCUGGCUGUACUUUUGAAGAAGACGGGGACUUAAACCAGUGUGAGUAUAGCCAAGGUGUUGAGGAUGACUUUGAUUGGCAGCUGACCCGGAGCUACCUCAUGCCCCACCUGACAUCUGAUCUUCCUCACGGGUCCUACCUGAUGGUCAACUCCUCUCAACAUGCUCAGGGUCAGAAAGCUCACAUCCUCUUCCAGACACUCAGUGAGAACGACACCCACUGCCUCCAGUUCAGUUACUUCAUGUACAGCCGGGAUGGCCACAGCCCAGGGACCCUGAACGUCUAUGUGAAGGUGAAUGGAGGUCCACUGGGCAGUGUGGUGUGGAAUGUCUCUGGCUCCCAUGGGCGGCAGUGGCACCAAGUGGAACUAUCCGUCAGCAUGUUUUGGCCCAAUGAGUACCAGGUCCUGUUUGAGGCAGUGGUCUCCAGUGAACACAGAGGAUACCUGGGAUUGGAUGACAUCCUGCUCUUGAACUAUCCCUGCUCUAAAGCACCUCAUUUUUCCCGCCUGGGUGAUGUGGAGGUGAAUGCCGGUCAGAACGCCACCUUCCAGUGUGUUGCUUCCGGCAAGGCUUCUGAAGCAGAGAGGUUCCUUAUGCAGAGGCAGAAUGGAGCAAUUGUCCCGGCAGCUUCCGUGAAACACAUCAGCCACCGGAGAUUCCUGGCUUCCUUUCAACUGGAUAAAGUUUCCAACGGAGACCAGGACUUUUACCGUUGCGUUACCCAGUCUGGCAGGGGCUCUGGCGUCUCCAACUUUGCAGAACUGAUUGUGAAAGAGCCCCCUACGCCCAUUGCACCCCCACAGCUGCUGAGAGCAGGCUCGACGUACCUGAUCAUCCAGCUCAACACCAAUUCCAUCAUCGGAGAUGGCCCCAUUGUAAGGAAAGAAAUUGAGUACCGAAUGACCUCUGGGCCGUGGUCGGAGGUUCAUGCUGUGAACAUGCAGACCUACAAGUUGUGGCACUUGGAUCCAGAUACGGAAUAUGAGAUCAGUGUCCUGCUUACCCGGCCAGGGGAUGGAGGGACUGGCAAACCUGGGCCUCCCCUCAUCAGCAGGACAAAGUGUGCAGAACCCAUGAGGGCUCCCAAGGGCCUCGCGUUUGCCGAGAUCCAGUCCAGACAGCUGACCCUUCAGUGGGAACCUCUGGGCUACAACCUGACGCGAUGUCACACUUAUACCGUCACGCUCUGCUAUCGCUAUGCCGUGGGCACUGGCCACAACCAGACGUUCCGGGAAUGCAUGAAGAUGGAGCGCAAUGCCAACCGCUACACCAUCAAGAACCUCCUCCCCUACAAAAACAUCCACGUCAAGCUUAUCCUCUCCAACCCCGAGGGACGGAAAGAAGGAAAAGAGAUGAUAUUUCAGACGGAUGAAGAUGUCCCCGGAGGCAUUGCUUCGGAGUCCCUCACAUUCACCCCCUUGGAAGACAUGAUUUUUCUGAAAUGGGAGGAACCAGUGGAGCCCAAUGGCCUCAUCACGCAGUACGAGAUCAGCUACCAGAGCAUUGAAUCCUCUGACCCAGCAGUCAAUGUCCCUGGCCCACGACGUACCGUCUCCAAGCUCCGAAAUGAAACUUACCAUGUUUUCUCCAACCUGCAUCCUGGGACUACCUACCUCUUCUCAGUGCGGGCACGGACUGGCAAGGGAUUUGGCCAAACGGCUCUGACCGAGAUCACCACAACAUCUCAGGUUGCUCCUAGCUUCGAUUAUGGGGACAUGCCCUCCCCUCUGGGAGAGUCGGAGAGCACCAUCACCAUUCUGCUAAGGCCGGCACAGGGCAGAGGUGCACCUAUCAGCACAUACCAAGUCGUUGUGGAAGAAGACAGGCCUAGGAAGGUCAAGCGGGAGGUGGGGGGCCAGGAAUGCUUUCCGGUGCCCCUCACCUUUGACGACGCCAUGUCCCGUGGCUCAGUUCACUACUUUGGAGCCGAGCUGCCCCCCAGCAGCCUCACAGAAGCCAAGCCCUUCACGGUAGGGGACAACCAAACCUACAGCGGCUACUGGAAUCCACCGCUGGAGCCCAAGAAGGCCUAUCUCAUCUACUUCCAGGCCAUGAGCCAUCUCAAAGGGGAAACAAGGCUGAAUUGUAUCCGAAUAGCCCGGAAAGCUGCCUGCAAAGAGAGCAAGCGUCCCCUGGAAGUUUCCCAGCACUCGGAGGAAAUGGGCCUCAUCCUGGGCAUUUGCGCCGGAGGACUGGUGGUGCUGAUCAUCCUCCUGGGGGCCAUCAUUGUCGUCAUACGGAAAGGGAGGAACUACUAUUCCUAUUCCUAUUACCCGAAACCAGUGAACAUGGCCAAAGCGACGAUCAACUACCGCAAUGAGAAGACACACAUGAUGAGUGCAAUUGAUCGAAGCUUUACGGACCAAAGUACCCUGCAGGAAGAUGAGAGGCUGGGCCUGUCCUUCAUGGACACACACAACUACAGUAACAGAGGUGACCAGCGCAGCAGUGUUGUCAAUGAGUCCAGCAGCUUGUUAGGGGGUUCCCCUCGACGGCAGUGUGGGCGCAAAGGCUCCCCCUAUCACACCGGGCAGCUCCAUCCUGCCGUCCGAGUGGCUGAUCUUCUCCAGCACAUCAACCAGAUGAAGACAGCAGAAGGCUAUGGCUUCAAACAAGAGUAUGAGAGUUUCUUUGAAGGCUGGGAUGCUUCAAAGAAGAAAGACAAGACCAAAGGGAGACAGGAUCACAUGCCAACCUAUGAUCGGCAUCGAGUUAAGCUCCACCCACUUCUUGGGGACCCCAACUCAGACUAUAUCAACGCCAACUACAUUGAUGGCUACCACAGAUCCAACCACUUCAUAGCCACUCAAGGCCCCAAACAGGAGAUGAUCUAUGAUUUCUGGCGGAUGGUGUGGCAGGAGCACUGUUCUAGCAUAGUGAUGAUAACCAAGCUGGUUGAAGUGGGAAGGGUCAAGUGCUCCAAAUACUGGCCAGAUGACUCAGAGAUGUAUGGUGACAUCAAAAUUACCCAGGUGAAGUCGGAGACAUUGGCGGAAUAUGUCGUGAGGACGUUCACUCUGGAGAGGAGGGGCUACUCAGCGAGGCAUGAAGUAAAGCAGUUCCACUUCACAUCAUGGCCAGAACAUGGGGUGCCUUACCAUGCAACCGGGCUCCUGGCAUUCAUCCGCAGAGUGAAGGCCUCCACGCCUCCAGAUGCAGGACCCAUCGUUAUUCAUUGCAGUGCCGGCACAGGGAGAACAGGCUGUUACAUCGUCUUGGACGUGAUGCUGGAUAUGGCUGAGUGUGAGGGUGUUGUAGACAUUUACAACUGCGUGAAGACACUAUGCUCACGGAGGAUCAACAUGAUCCAGACCGAGGAGCAAUACGUCUUCAUCCACGACGCCAUCUUGGAAGCGUGCCUGUGUGGAGAGACCAGUAUCCCUGUCAGUGAAUUCAGGCCCACAUACAAAGAGAUGGUCAGGAUAGAUCCUCAGAGCAACUCGUCACAGCUGCGGGAGGAGUUCCAGACUCUGAAUUCCGUAACACCCCACCUGGAUGUGGAGGAGUGCAGCAUCGCCCUUCUGCCGCGCAACCGGGAGAAGAAUCGCAGUAUGGACGUGCUGCCUCCAGACCGGUGCCUCCCCUUCUUGAUCUCCAUGGACGGAGACAGCAACAACUACAUCAACGCGGCCUUAACCGAUAGCUACACAAAGAGUGCUGCCUUCAUUGUGACCUUGCACCCACUACAGAACACAACCACAGACUUCUGGAGGCUGGUGUAUGACUAUGGCUGCACUUCCAUCAUCAUGCUGAACCAGCUCAAUCAGUCCAACUCUGCCUGGCCUUGUUUACAAUAUUGGCCUGAGCCAGGACUCCAGCAGUAUGGACCAAUGGAAGUGGAAUACAUUUCUAGGUCAGCUGAUGAGGAUGUUGUCGCUCGUCUUUUCCGGGUUCAGAAUGUAACACGGUUACAGGAAGGGCACCUGAUGGUUCGACACUUCCAGUACCUGCGGUGGUCAGCCUACCGAGACACCCCUGAUUCAAAGAAGUCCUUCCUGCAUUUAUUAGCCCAAGUGGAUAAGUGGCAGGGGGAGAGCGGCGAUGGAAGGACAAUCGUCCAUUGUUUAAAUGGGGGAGGCCGGAGCGGCACUUUCUGUGCCUGCACCAUGAUCUUGGAGAUGAUCAAGUGUCACAAGCUGGUGGAUGUUUUCUUCGCUGCAAAGACCCUCCGCAACUACAAGCCAAAUAUGGUCGAGACCUUUGAACAGUACCACUUCUGCUAUGACAUAGCCCUGGAAUACCUGGAGUCACUGGAGACCAGAUAGCACCUUGCCAGAAGCGCGCAGGCAAGUGUUUGUUUUGGAUUUGUGCCAAACAUGCAUUUUGCAUCCAGACUUUUGAGUAAGAGCAAGGAGGAGGAGGAGAGAAGAGAAUACAAGGAAAAGAAUGAAAACUAAAAAGGCAAGAUAUGGGGCCAUGUUGUCCAUCCCCUACCUUCAUCUUUCCUCCUAAGCUUCUGCUCCCACUUCUCCAGCUGCUGGCAGAGCAGAGCCUACACAAACUCAUCCCAUCUACAAAACGAUUGUGUAUGUGCCAGCCUGGAAUUUGGCACCUGUGUGUUGUUUGUGCAUGUAUGGACACCGGUGUGCGGGAAGAGCAUCAGGCUCAAUCUCCUUGUGACUGCACCAAUCACAGCCUAGAAAGGGAUCCAUGCCACCGAGGCUGGGAGGAGAGCUGAAGUCCAGCAUCUUUCACAACGACCACAGGAGAUUUGAAGAAACAGUGGUGUUCUGAAAGCUUAUAAGAAGCUCUUUGAAGGCGACCGUGCAAAAUUUUGGCAGCCAUCCUUCUGUGGGAAAGUGUGCGCCAUCUUGGACUGACAGUGAAAAUUGGGAUGUGUACAGUUUUUCACUCUUUGCUUAUAACCCUACGUUUAUUCUUUCCAGACUAAUGCCUGCCUCCAAAGAGUGUUUCUGAAUUUAUCCCUGAUCUAACCUUACCUGUAGGAAAACACAGUGAAUGAAUUCUGGGGAUUAUCUAAGAGAAAGAAAGCACACAGGCUACUUGCUCCAAGACUAAGGUAGCCAGACCAGAUUUUGUAACAACCACCAUGUCUUUGUGCCUGGAUACGCCACUCCAAACAGCCGAAGCUUUAGAAGGGGCUUCCCUUUUAGAGCGUCAAUCCUCCAGCCCUUUCAAGGCAUUUUCAAGAGGGCUACCCCAACACUGAAUCAGCCCAGAUAUCACACCAUUCUUCAGAAUGUCAGCCACUAGAACUAACUCUGUCUCUAUCUCAGACACAUACAUACAGUGGUUUCGGACACUGCCAGCAAGUGAUUCAGCAGAAAAGUCUAUCCUCCAAAUGGGUUUGACCAUAUUUCUGAGGACUGGUCAACAAGUGGGGACAAACGGGGAUGAGACAGAUGCCAGUGGCAAUGCAGAUCCAUUCUUUUUUUAAGGGUCAGGCGUGAGCUUCAGGUUGUGGGUGGCUGUGGCUUUGAGAUGGAAGGAGGUCACUUGUAAAUUAUUUCAGCACAUAGGACUAAUGUGGUUCAAAUUCAUUUUACCUGGAAAGGUAAGCCUGCUCUCCCGGCAUACAGGGACAAACACUUCCACAUUUAUUUUCUGUAGCUUGGUUCAGUGAAUCAGAACUUUAAAAGCAUAAAUUGUGGUGGUUACCAGCAGAAGAAUAAGAGAGUUGGGUGGGUAGCAUUUCUUCAUUCUGUGCCCUUAGCUGUGAAUUUGGGCCUGCAGCUGGUGUGUGUGUGUGUGUGUGUGUGUGUGUGUCAGAACCUGUACGGCCACUUUCCUUCCCUUUCCUCCAUCAGCCACCUCCCACUCUGGGUAACAGACUUUUCAUAGAUAAUUAACAGAAGAGUGUCUUCCUGCAAAGACACUCUUCAUCUCACCAAUGAGUUGCAGUCUCAGUUGCUCCCAUAAAAUCCUGAUUGGCCAAGACACUGACUAGCAAAGAAAGGAGAGAACUCUUGGUGGCUAGGGGUAUGCAUUCAUCAACCAAUGCAAAGGGGAACAGAUGGGAGACCUAUCCAGAACCCCCUUUUGUGCACAUUUAGGAGGGUUACCUUAUUUGGCAGCCAUUCCUGCCAAUCCCCAUUCAUUCCCCAAAUAUCUGCAUCAUUCCAGAGGGGUGAGGUCGGCCAAAUUGGGAGCCACCAGAUUACGUAGGGAUCAGUAUUUGUUCCACAAUGCCCUGAAAUGGCACAACGUUCAGGGCAAUCUGGAGAGGAAAAAAUAGUGUGGUUGCUGCCAGGAGGAAUGAAUCUUUGCACAGCUGCAGCAGCACCAAAGCUGGGGGCACAAAGUAGUGAUUUUUAAAACUGGGGAAAACCCCCCAACAUCAACAAAUGGGAAUACCAAGAUGGAUGAAAUGCUCAGAAAUAUGAAGCAAAGAGUAGCAAAGGCAAAAGGUAUUCUGAAAUCGGGGUGGGGACAAGCCUUGCAAACCGCUAAUGAGUACAGAUUUCUAGUCAUGUGAUAGAAACCAGCCCCCUUUUGUAUUCAGCCACUGGCUUUUGCAUCCAGAUGACCAAUGGUGCCUCCAAGACGAUUUAGGGCACCACUUUCCUGCAGGGGUUAAAGACAGUUCAAUAGGUCACUGUGCAAAAAUGAAAACCAAAAUUGUUCCUCCUAGCUAAGAGGAAGCCAAACAAGGCCUAGGGUAUAUUAUGGCACUUAUGCUAGAUAUCAAUGCCAGAGUAGUAGGGGGAAUUAUUUGAGGGUGAAAUUGAUGGAAACCAUAAGCUGAAAUUAAAGGGCUCCUCUACACCUUUCUGAACAUAGAGAUUCAUACUGAGAAAUGCUACUUUUGUGAAUAGCAACAUGUGGCUUCCUGUGUUCAAGGCAAAGGCAACCACCAUUCAUUUUUCUACAAACUUUUUACAAGAGUAUUUAAAAGGCUGUGCCAAUGGCACUAUUUCACAAGGGUGUAGAAUGUUGCACUGAAUUCAGCUUGUAACCUUUCACCUUAGUUUUUUAAACAACAACAACAACAUAUGAUUGAGUUCCAGUCUUCAAGACUGCAGAUGCAUUCUUGAAAUGCUUGAUGAACUCUCUGAAGAGAGAGGUUUUGCUGAGUUGGAUUUUCAGGGACUGGCGAUGGCGUUUCAGUGUUCUGCACAGCUCCCGGCCACCUCCUAUGACUACAAAAAUCGGAACAGAAUGUACAAAAUGGUAUAAAGAUUUCGGAAUCCUGCAAAAUUAAGAGGCAUUGUGCAGAUUGGGUUUAUUUGCAUUCUUUAUAUUGGUUGCCAAAUCCAGCGUUUCUUAGUGCAGGAUUCUAUUUCAGAGUACACAUAGUGUGAUACGGUAAGUCUCCUUGAUGAAAAGUAACACGGGAUGUGUCCCAAAUACCGGGAAAAGUGUCCUUCCUUGGGGGAAAAAAGUUUUAUGGUAGUGCUCAGAAACCUUCACCUUAUAUAUCUAGCAAGGAAGAUAUAAGUCAAGCAAUUAUUUUGAGGAUGCUUGCUAAUAUCCAUUGUUUUCGUUACUGAGCUGUGCAGCCCUGUUUAUGAAGAAAUAAACAACUACUGCCAUGUGCAUCUCCUUUGGAUCAGACACCUCAACAGUUAAUGCCCAUCCAAUUGGAAAAGUCUGUUUACAUGGCAAAUAAAUAAAUAAAAAGCAAAUAAGCAUAUUUUGUUUAUCAAGAUGUGUACACAUAUUGCAGCAAGCAUCAUCAUAGAAGCAUAAUUCCCCUCUCUCUCACACACAGUGGGGAUGCCAAUUUUGAUACAUAACUGUAAUUUUUUUUAUUAAAAAAACAAUUUUGCAAAAAGUUUAAAUCUGCCCGAAUAUAGGGGCAACAUUUUUUAGGCUACCAGAAUGGUCUGAGUCUAUUAAUGGCAAAGCAUUGCAGCCCUGAUGGCUAGCUAUGCAUGUCUAAAGCUGAACUGGGGCAUCCAUCCCUCAGAUAUUUUGGAUCAAGGAGACUGCGCCAAUGCAAUCCUAUGCACAUUUACUCUGAAGUCACUCCUACUGCAUUCAAGCUCUGGUGUCAUGCAAAUGUGCACAGUAUUGCAAUUCAGUUUUCUUUUAUAUUUUAUUUUAAAGGGGAGGAAUGGAUGGGAGGAAUAUUUCCCAACCUGCAUGAUGAAAAAAGCAGCAGUGGUUAAUAAAUGAACCAUCCAGAUCUCUUUGCUCUGAAGUUGCAACGACACGAUGGGACUUUGGGGGCUCUUUUGAUAUUCUCGUUCCUUACUUUCCACCGUAUGUUUGUUUGAUACUUUGUGGGAAAUGACAUUCCGCAGUCACACCUGUUCUGUCCAUCAACACCUGGCUGUUUUGCUGAUGCUCUGAAGCUUUAACUCUGCGUGUGGACUCCUGGUCGCCCGAGUAGACGUAACGGGCUGCUUCAUUCAUCCCAUUGGAGAAACACAAAUUUGUAUGAAAAAUGCUAAUGCCUUCAAUAAAGACAACAGUUCGUACAAAA